UUCAUGUUUUUAAAGAUGCAUUGCAAAUUUUCCAAUGCUGUGUCACUCAUAAUGAUAAAUCCGAAUAGGAAAGUGGAUUUUCUGACCUCGACAGUGACUGACAAAGGAUAUCAUUUUUUUGUACAAAGCGCACGAUUAUAAUGCCUGGUGUAGGGACUGGCGGCGAAUUACAGUUUGGUAGCUUCAGCUAUCUUAGUUUUUGACUUCUAGCGUUGUGGGAAUAUGUAAGUCGUGUGAUGUCCUGCAGAUGCAUGCUUGUAUCGGAAAGAUUUAGCAAAGCAUACGCGUAAUAAGCCGAAGGGGUUAGUUUGGCCAACGAUCCCCAUUGUUCUCCGGAGUUGUUUACGCCAAGCAGUGGUCAUUCCAGAUUGCUAGCGAGAACGCUAGCAAUCUAGCCACAGCAGUUAAUCAAGUCGCUCUGUGUAUAUAGAACAUUUGUAUUACACAGUGACAGGCAUACGCAGUCUUAUUACCACGCCUUAAACUUAUUUUUCAUCUAGAGCAAUAUAUGAUAAUCGCCACAUUUUUGCAGUCAUCACUUUUCGCAACAGCGAGCUUUUUAACGCAGCGUCAUAGCUGCACAGCAGCAUUAGCUCGCUGCACAGUUUAAACCGAACUCUACGUUAAUUGUACAUAGACCGUUUUACGGACAGUUUUAGGAAUUGGCAGCUUUUUCCCUUAGCUACGCUGACAACACAUUCAAUUAUAAUUUAGCCCAAUCCAGUAAUAUUUGAAAGUGACGUAGUAAUCUUAAUCUACAUCUGAAUCUACAGCAUCUAAGUAUAACCUACCAUUCAUUGAAUACGGACUAUUUUUCUUAGAGGACUCGCAUAGCACGGUAGCCUGCUAUCUUUCAUAGUCACACCGUUACAUCCACAGAUGCGCAGUUUUUCCACGUUGUGUUAUAUUAUCGCUUUAUCCACUAAUAUUGGUGUUUACAGCCAUACUAUUCAACCACUAAUUAACAAAACUCCUGCGACAGUCUUGUGUUAAGUAAGUUGCCAACGCCGUUGUGAGAGCCUUUUACAUUUUGCAGUGCCAUUUACCAACUCGCACAGAGCCAAAUGCAAUUUCCAGCGUUUGCAUGGAGGUGCACAGGCAACAUAAGGCCUCUUUGUAUGUCCUAUGCCGGGUGAUGUGUGGCUGCUAUGCCCGAAGGUCACGGUAACAUUUGUUUCUGUUUGUGUCACUGUUCACUCCCUCAUUAAGGAGUCGGCAUAUGAAUGUAUCAAACCAACCAACUUUAUGUGUCUCUUGUCUUAUGCUUCACAUUGGGGCUCUCUUCUGCUUUGGCAGGGAGGAGUUUUGAUUGAUUGUGACCGAAGAAGGCUUGUCUUCACUGAGUGUUGUCCUCCAGCUGUGCUUGCCUGUCAGAAUCUGUCAGCACCAUAGAACACUCAUUCUUCAACUAAUCCUCCCAGAGAUACAGGCUUGAUAUACUAUUUUUGAUGGAUUGUCCCUUGAGUUCAUUUGAGGGGGUGUCUUCCUACCUGAUAUGCCUUAUAAAAUGGGCUGAUCCAAAGUCUGCUUGUUUUUUUUAACUUGCCUUCAAGUUACAUCAGUGGUUUUAUCAGGUAAUAUAAUUAAAAACUUGGAUAGAUCAGUAAGAAUCUAAGAAAAUAACUAGAAUAUGUUUCCUCUUAGGAGGUGGAGUGUAUUGUAAUAUGGUCUGUGUGUGUGUGUGUGUGUGUGCGCAUGCAUGCUUGAUAACAUGACUUCAAAAGUACCGGUUCGAAUAACCUUGGGUUUUUCAGAUUUACCACAUCCUCAUGAUCCAGAUGCAGGAUUAUUUUCUAUGUUGCAGUUCUUUGUCAGAAAAAUGCUGUAAUAUCUCAGUUUCAGCAACUUAAAGGAUCACUAUCGUGCUAUCAUAACUAAUUUUCAUAGCUGCACCCAAUUAUUUGUUUUAUUCCCUCUGUGUGAUCACAAACUUCAGCUGCUGUGUUUUAAGUUUUAUGUUUAUUCAUAUUUACACAUGACUAAAGUGUCUACAGUCUAAGUGGAACUGGAUUUUAUAUUGUUUAUUCUGGGGCUGUACUGUAAUGGUGUUUAUCUUUUGGUAUUUAUCUACGCCCUGCCUGCAGGAUAUUUUCUGGACUCAAAAGCAUAUGGUGAGUCCAAAUGAGGGGUCAGGAAGGGAAUGAAUUGGAAAUGGGGACGUGGACUUAACCUCACCCAUCUUCCCCUCCUCCUCUCCCAGUGGUGCCAGGAGACUGUUUCGGCAGGCGGCCUCGGGACCCCGGCGCCGCAGGACCGGAGGGUGUUGUGACCGCGACUGAGCCGAUCCUCCCCCUCCCCCCUUUCCCCUCCCCUCCCCUCGUCCCACGCCUCACACCCCUGCCCCUCGGCUGUUGUGUCUGGGAGUGGCGUCCGUUGCCCUGACACCCCACACUCCACAUCCGCCUCCACCAUGGCCCGGGAGCAGCCCAACGUGGGGGACCUGCUCCCUCUCCUGGAGUCCUCCGACAUAAGUCAGCUGGAGGAGAUCAAGGGGCUCAUCAACGAACACCUCAGCUCAGAGCGAGGGUCGGUGCUACUUAACAGUCUUGUGGACUACUUCCUGGAGACCAACUCUUCCCAGGCCAUGCACAUCCUGUCCUCAGUGCGAGAGCCACACGAUAAGCACCUUCUGGAUAAGAUGAACGAGUGCAUGGCCAAGCACUCGUGCAGGUUGCCCACACUCAGCCUGCUGGGGCACGUCGUCAGGAAGCAGCCGUCCUGGAUCCACAAGAUUGCCCGCUACCCCCUGCUGCUCUCGCUCCUCAAAUGCCUCAAGACGGAUACCGAUGUGGUGGUGCUUAUAACUGGAGUCUUGGUGCUCAUCACUCUGCUCCCCAUGAUCCCCCAGGCAGGAAAACAACACCUGUAUGAGUUCUUUGACAUAUUUGGACGAUUGGCAUCUUGGAAUCUCAAGAAUCCCGGCCAUGUGUCAGAGGUGUACCUUAUCCAUCUGCAUGCGAGCGUGUUCUUAUUCCAUCGGUUGUAUGGCAUGUACCCCUGCAACUUUGUCUCGUACCUGCGCUCCCACUACAGCAUGAAGGAGAACGUGGAGACCUUUGAGGAGGUGGUGAAGCCAAUGCUGGAACAUGUUCGCAUACACCCAGAAUUAGUGACUGGAACCAAGGACCAUGAGCUGGACCCAACAAGAUGGAAGCGCUUCGAGGUCCAUGAUAUCGUUAUCGAGUGUGCCAAAGUGUCCCUGGACCCCAAGGAGGCGUCAUGUGAGGAGGGCUAUGCCACCAUGCCCGAGCACUUCAGUGCCCACCUGCAGCUGCGCCCGACAGACUGCACUGCCAGCCCCUACACUGACUUCCAGAGCAGCUACGGCAGUUCCUCCUCCACCCAGUUCUCCACCCCUCGCCAGUCGGGCCCCCCGCCCCAAUCCCUGCCCCCGCUCUCAGGGACCGUCUGCAGGAGCCCACCCAGCAUGCAACGCCAGAACUCUAGCUGUGAAUAUAACUCCACGUAUGGCAUGAAGGACCCACUCUGGAGCCCCUCCUCCCUGUGUGGCAUGGCUACACCCCCUUCCUCGCGCGGCAUGUCGCCCAACCCAGAGCUAUCCCACAGUGCCUCUCACCUGCCAAGCCGCGUCCAGAACACCUCGGCUGGAGGGAAGGGCACCCCGUCCUCCAGCACUCCAGCAGCUUCCUCCCCUCCCCCGUCCCUCUCCGACGACUUCCCACCCCUCGCCCUGGCCCAGACGGCCAGCCCCCCAUGCAAGGAUGGCAAACCUGGAGAGUCACACAAACACCACUUGGUCAGACAGGAUCCCAUCAGAGAGCUGGAUAAAGGAAGCGCAGAAGUGAACAGCCACAGAGAUGGAGCAGGUAAGGGCUCGUCCAUGACCCUGACGGAGCUGUCUGUCUACAUGAAAGAACAGGAGCAGCUACGCACGGAGAAGGAGCGAGAGGAAGCUGCCAUCAAUGAGGAGCUGCUGAAGCUGACGGAGGACAAGCAGGAGUCCUCGGCCCUCCGUGGCUUUGACUCGCCCUUCCUCCGCACCACAGAGACACUGACCAACGCCGUGGACGAGAAACCCGGCUCCGGCCCGACCUCCUCCUCCUCCUCUUCCCGCGACGGCCCCCUCCAUCCUCUCCACCCGCUGCACCUUCACAAUGCCACCUCCACGCCCACGCCCUCCCAGGAGAAGUCUGGCAGCGGCGGCGGCAGUGGCAGAUCCAGCCGGGCGGGAGGCAGCCGCGGCCCCCCCUCCCAGGACGGGUCCCUUCCUUGGGCCUUCCAGCCCGUCUUCACCCCCAUCGAGGCUCCGGGGCCUGGCGGCGGCGGCGGCGGCGGCGGCGGCGGGGGAGUUGGAGGAGGCGACCACGUGGCCCAGCGCAGCCCGUGCACCUCCACCACCACCGAGGAGGACGCCCUCAAGCUCGGCCUGCUCUCCCCCAGCCCCUGCCGCCCCGCGGCUGCGCUGCCCUACGAGGCUCUCUUCGACCUGGCGCUCCCGCGUGCUGCCUCGCUCUUCGUCGCGAGGAAGACGCUGGAGGCCACUCAGAGGGCCUCCGUGGAGAGGAGAGGGCAGAAAGGAGGAGGAGGAGGAGGAGGAGGAGGAGGCGGCGGCAGCAUUCUAGGAUUUGGGUUUGGGUUGGGGGAGGAAGAGGAGUCCGAGUUGGGAAAGCUGGUGCUGACAGACGGGGAGGCGGACGGAGAGUUGGGGCUGGGCGAGGGGGAGGGCGAGGGGGAGCUGACCACAGCCACGGCCUCCCCCCUGGAGGUGCUGGAUCGCCUCGUGCAGCAGGGGAACGACGUCCACGACAAGGUGCUAAAGAGAUUACCUUUGCCAAGCAAAUCAGCUGACUGGACACACUUUGGAGGCUCGGCGCCUCUGGACGAACUGCACACGCUGCGCAGCCAGCUGCUCCUGCUGCACAACCAGCUGCUGUACGAGCGCUACAAGCGCGAGCAGCACGCCGUUCGCAACCGCCGGCUGCUGCGACGCAUCAUCAACGCCACCGCACUCGAGGAGCAGAACAACGCCAUGAAGGAGCAGAUGAACCUGCAGGGUGUGGAGAUGCUGUCGCUGCGGGAGAGCCUGACCGUGGAGCAGCAGCGCUACAGGCAGCUGUGGGACGACAGGGAGACCCUCGUCACCAGACUCCACAGCCAGGUCCGCCAGCUGCAGCAGAGCCGGGACGAUCACUACACCAAGAACCAGGAGCUGCAGAGUAAACUGCAGGAGUGCCAGAAGCAGAUGGGCGAGAUGGAGGCGGAGCUUCAGAGAGCCAACAACAAGGUGUGCCACACUGGGCACCUGCUCAACCAGCUGACUGCCAAGCUGUUGACGAGCGAGAGCACCCAGCAGCAGAUGAGUUUCCUCAGCAAGCAGCUGUUGCUGCUGGGAGAGGCCCACAAGCUGUGUGUGCAGGAGCUCCAGCACUCGGGCCCCGACACCACUAAAGAGAAGCAGAUGCUGCAGUUGUCCAGCAGUAAGGAGGCGGAGCGUCUGCGCCAGAACCUGCUCUCCCAGGCCCAGAAGCUGGAGGCGGCCCAGCAGCGCGCUGCGGAACUGGAGACGCAGCUUUCCAAGAAGGAGCACCUUAUCGCCGAGCAAAAGAAGUUCCUGGAGGACGUCAAGCUGCAGGCCAAAGGGGAACUGCAGGCCUCAGAGAGCCGGUACCAGGCGCAGCGGCAUGUGACCCAGGCCCUCCAGGCCGAGCUGCUGCAGCUCUACAGCCGGCUGGAGAUGGAGGCUCCUGCCAACACCACCAACUCUCCAGCAGGGGGCAGCACCGAGAUCUACGGCCCCACAGAGGCCAGUGUCUCCAUCCCUGACGGCCUGGCCAAGGCCACCACCAAAGAGGGCCCGGGCGUCCAGCCCUCCCCUCCUCCGCGCAACGGCAACGCCAGCACUUUAUCGCCCGGGCAACCCAAGGCCAAGCCCUCCCCGUCGUCCUCCUCGUCCCCCUCCUCUUCCUCGUCCACCUCCUCCGCCACUUCCUCGGCCACCAACUCCGUCAACGGCCGCCGCGACGGCCCCCAGCCUCCCCCUCAGCUCCUGGAGCCCCCGUUGUUGGGGCUUCCCCCCCGGGGCACCAGCGCCCACGACGAGCCCCUCACCGUGGGUUCCUACCCCAGCGCCAAGAGCUUCCUGGGCAUGCGCGCGCGUGAGCUCUUCCGCAACAAGAGCGAGAGUCGCUGCGGAGAGUCGGAGGAGAUGGAGGACCUGGAGGAGGAGAACGAGGGAGAGGAAGGCGAAGGUGGCGGCGGUGGAGAAGGAGAGGACGGGCUGGGCCGACUUGGAGGAGGAGGAGGUGGAGGAGGAGGUGGGGGCCGGGUGCGUGCCUCCCCGCGCCGCCUCACCAGCCUCUCCCAAGCGCUGAAGAACGAGCUGUGCAUGGAGCCUCCGUCGCCUGGGCCCGACUCGCCACCACCACCCGCCAACCCCCACAAGCAGCAGCAGCAGCAGCAGCAGAAACAGAAACCAGAAACAACUAGAACCACAGCAGCAGCAGUUGCACCCACAGCAGAAGCAGCAGUGCCCAGGUCAGGGCAGUGCCAACCCCGCCACCCCCCCUCCUGCCUCGGCCCCUGUUGCGAGCACUCCGAGCCCCGGGCCCCGGUCCUCGCCCGCCAAGCAGGCCCUGCAGAGGGCCAACAGUCGGGAGCGGUCGGGGGUCGGGCCCGGGGUGGGCUCGCCGGCCAGCGCUGGACGGCCCAGACAAAAGCAGCUGAAGAUCAUGGACUACAACGAGACCCACCAGGAGAGCAGUUAAGAAAGACAGACUGAGAGACAGAGAGAUGGAGUGAAGGAGAGGAAUAAAAGAGAGAGCGAGAAAGAGAGAGAGAGAGAGAGAGAGAGAGAGGAGAGGUAGAGAGAUGAGGGGAGGAGGUACUGAGUUACUGAGUGACUGGAAGGAGAAACGAAGCUGAAGUGAGUGAUGGAGAGAACUGCUGGCUUCUACCAGUAAAAGAGCGUUUAAGACUUUUUUUGAUUUUUCAGUGUUAUUUGUUCCAUUCCCUCGAGUGGACAACAGGAUUUUGGACUAUCUUUCUUUUGGCUUCUCUGUUUAUUUGUCAUGAUCUACCUUAAGAAAACUGGAAAACAAAUGAUGGAGGAUUCACCUCGUGCAGUCGCAAGUGUUCACCAGCAGAGGGCUCUCAGUGUUCCCAUCAUUUGCCCCCC